UCAAACCUCAUUGUUGCUCAGUCCUUCCUAUCAAUGACCCAAGCAAUAGGAACUUCUUGGACUUUCUUUACAUUCGGGGUCAUUUCGGUGGUAGCCUUAAUCUUUGUCCUAGUCUGUGUGCCUGAAACAAAGGGGCUGCCCAUUGAGGAGAUUGAGAAGAUGCUGGAGCAUAGAGCAUUUCACUUCAAGUUCUGGAAGAAAAGAUCUAAUACAUUAAACAUGAACCAAACAGGGUGAACAAAAUAGUAGGAAAUUUAUCUUGAUAAUAGCAAACAUGAAAAAUCAGACCCUGUGUUUAGCAAGAGUGCAUUUAAUUAGAUAUAAGGAAUGACUGUAGCCUUGCACUCUCUUUGAUAGGAACAAACCGCAGAAGUUUAAUCUGUGAGGGUACAUGAUAUAGGGAACGGCUGUAUCCUUGCACUUUCUUAGUAGGAGAUCCAAAUAAGACAUGUUGAAUUCA